AUGGGACGGAACAAUGAAGAUGAGUACGUCACGUACACGAUCGUGACGUGUCAAGAAAGCGCGACCGCACCAGCUGACUUCGCCAAGCUGAAAAUUAAACGCUUUCGCGGAGGAUCCGCGAAGGACUGGCUCCAAUGGAGCAUGAACGAAUCUUCCGAGAAAGGAUAUACGUUUGAAGACUUCUACCGUGAGGUCGGCUUACUCCUGGUUCCUGCGGACUACAGUGAAGACCUAGAUGAGGAGCUAUGGACCCUGACCAAGCGCCGAGACGAAACAGUUCAACGCUGCUCGGCACGUCUGCGAGAGCUUGCUCAAAUGUACGCCGAGUUGCCGUAG